AUGGAUGCUGCGUUUUGUCUGCCUUGCACAUUAUUGCAUCAAAAAUUAAAUUUAAAAUCUGCAUUAGCUACUAAUCUUAUUUCAAAGGGGCAGAACUACUGGAAUGACAGUGUUUCGGUCUAUAAAAAACAUGAAAAAAGUGCUCUUCAUAAGGACACCUCUUCUAUUUUGACUUCUUUAAGGACUAACCAGUCAGGUACAACCAAAAAAAUUAAUGAACUGGUAUCUACUAUGUAUUCCAAAAAGGUAGAAGCCAACAGAAUUUUUUUAGCAGCUAUUAUUGAUACAGUUAUUCUUUGUGGCCGCCUAUGCAUUUCCCUGAGAGGACACAGAGACAACUUAAAAGAUUUUCCUGAAGUUGGUGGCUAUGCUCCUUAUUCUGUAGGUAAUUUUCUUGACCUUUUAAAUUAUAGAGUAAGAGGGGGUGAUAUAGCUUUAGGUAAUCAUUUAAAAGCCUGUUCAAAAAAUGCAACUUACUUAUCACCACAAACACAGAAUGAAAUUAUUUCAUGUUGUGGUGAUUAUAUAACAGACAAAAUAAUAUCUGCAGUUAAACAAGCUAAAUUUUUUUCAAUAAUUUGUGACGAAGCUUGCGACACAUCUACCAAGGAACAAAUGUCAGUAGUACUUCGUUUUGUAGACCAACAUUGUAACUUGCGAGAGGAAUUCAUAAGGUUUGUUCAUUGUAGUGAAGGGCUCUCAGGUUUGUCUCUUUCAAAGGUCAUUUUAAAAACCUUGAAUGAACUUUCUCUUGACAUACAGAAUUGUCGAGGUCAAUGUUAUGAUGGUGCUGGGAAUGUAGCUGGUAAAAUUAAUGGUUGUCAGGCUCAUAUUUUAAAGCAAAACAGAUUAGAUUUAUACACACACUGUUCUUCUCAUCGCCUAAAUUUAGUUGUCUGUAAUUCGUGCUCUGUACAUUAUGUCCGCAACAUGAUGGAUCAAAUCAAACAGAUAACAUAUUUUUUCAAAUUUUCUGAAAGUAGAUUGAAACUUUUACGAAAGAAUGUUGCUGACUUUACUAACAAUCCUAAUUAUGCUCAUAUUAUUGAUUUUUGUAACACUAGGUGGGUGGAACGUAUUAUUGGCAUGAGUGUUUUUAAUGAUUUAUUUGAAGGCAUUUUAGCUACUUUUGAUGAGAUGGCCCUUAACCCUAAUGGGGUAAUUAAUGCUGAUUUCCCAACCCUUUAA